AUGGCGCAAAGCGCCGUUGGCAGGCUCUUCCGCUGCCAGACCACCAGCUCUCUGCGUCAAUCCAUUAGUUCUAUUACACAAAGCCGCACAUAUUCGCAUAAUGCAAUUCCCACAUUCCCUCCGACAUCCUCCCCCGAACUGGACCAGGCCCUCAAGCGUUUCAGAGAAGAGCUUUUCAUACCUUUUGGCUUGAAUACCGAGCAAAGGAGGUUAAUGUUUCGGGAGAAAUAUGCGGAGAAACUUGAGCAGGAACCCGUGACGGUAAAUAUUGGCGACAACGAUGAGCCUUACCAACUUCGGCCCAUGGAUCCGCUGUCCAGACCACCAAAGAAAGAGUUCAGGAACGUUGUCUCGCUCAUGAAGACCAAGCAAGACUGGCAGAACCUCGUACCUUUCCUUGGCGGACUACGAAUGUCAAAGAGAAAACUAGGCAUCGCGAACUGGGAGUGGACUGUACGCAAAGCUGGUGCGGCCGACGCACUCGGUGCCAUCCUCGAGUGUGCAAAGCAGGCAGAACGAACCGGUCUUCGACUGAACAACAACGGAAUCGCCCAGCGUAUCUUCUUCGAGCUCCACCGGAAAGCUCAGAAUGGGCAGUUCAAGGAUCCCGCAGUAUCCAAGGCGCUUACCAUCGCUAAGCAGUUCGCCGCGUUGAUGGAAGCUCCGGAGCAUGCCCCGAAAAAGACGGAGAGCAUGGAGGCAGAUCCCAAGCGGCAACCAUUUGUCAUUGGCACUCUCCUUGAGCUCAGCGCUGCUCGUGCUGUGAACGAACUGGGAGGCAAGGAUAAGACCGGCGAUGUGUAUGCCUAUGCUCAGCGCCUCCUCGCGAACUGGGAGGCAGGCACCUUUUCCCGCGAAAUCAAGGACUGGGUUGCUGUCGAUCACAUGCUCCAGGAGAACGUACCUAUCUACAACGGAAUCAAGCUCGCCCUUCAGGUUGAGGGGAUCGCAAAUGAAAAAUCUGUGUCUGGUGGUCUGAAGAGACGCUUGAACGAGUUGCGUCUCCUGAUUGACAACCAAAAGCAAAUGGCACCCGAGGAAGUCCAGCAAAAGCCGACGGUGGGCUAUAAACAAAGCCAGCUCCUGCAUCAGCUUUGA